ACUUGGCGAGCAAGUUUGUUGUGAGACCGGAGUUUUUUGCUAUCACUGAUUUAACGUAAUGGAGGAUUCCAUGUUAAAGAUCUCCAUGGUGCCAUCCAUGUCCCCCACAGACUCCUCCAGAAGCAACUCUACAGAGGAGAGUCUGGGAGGUAAAAGUCCAGCUCCUGGUAAAUGCCUGAGUCAAGGCCUGCUGUGUAAGGUGUGUGCAGACACCAGCAGUGGCAAACACUAUGGCAUCUAUGCCUGCAAUGGCUGCAGUGGCUUCUUCAAGCGGAGCGUGAGACGCAGAUUAAUCUACAGAUGCCAAGCUGGUACAGGCAUGUGUCCGGUAGAUAAAGCCCAUCGGAACCAGUGCCAGGCAUGUCGCCUGAAGAAAUGUCUUCAAGCUGGCAUGAACAAAGAUGCUGUUCAGAAUGAGCGACAGCCACGAAGCACAGCUCAGGUCAGGCUGGACUGUCUGGACAAUGACUCGGAGAGGGAGCAUCUGGCCACCACAAGAGAACCCACAUCUUUCUCCUCCACAGGCCUGACUCAGCGUAGCAUCAGCCCCAAGAACAGCCAUCGCUUUAUGGCCAGCCUGAUGACUGCAGAGACCUGUGCCAAGCUGGAGCCUGAGGAUGUGGAUGAGAAUAUUGACGUGACAAGUAAUGAGCCUGAGACGAGUUCUCCAGAGAGCAACACAACUCUCUAUCAUUAUUCCGGCCCUGAGAGCAUAUAUGAGACCUCCGCCCGCCUGCUCUUCAUGUCUGUCAAAUGGGCAAAGAACCUGCCAGUGUUUUCCCACCUGCCCUUUAGGGACCAGGUUAUACUGCUAGAGGAGGCAUGGAGCGAGCUGUUUCUUCUCUGUGCUAUCCAGUGGUCUUUGCCACUUGAAAGCUGCCCCCUGCUGUCUCUGCCUGACUUGUCUCCUUCAUCCCAGGGUAAGAGCAGCGCCUCUGCCUCUGAUCUGCGGCUCCUCCAAGAGCUGUUUACUCGCUUCAAAGCUCUACAGGUGGAUCCCACAGAGUUUGCUUGCCUCAAAGCAAUCGUUAUGUUUAAGCCUGAUGCAAAUGGCCUUAAAGAUCCAGAGCAGGUUGAGAAUCUGCAAGACCAGUCUCAAGUAAUGCUUGCUCAGCAUAUACACACACUCUACAACAGCCAGGCAGCAAGGUUUGGGAGGCUGUUGCUGCUUCUUCCAUCUCUACACUUUGUGAGCUCAGAGAGGAUUGAACUGCUGUUUUUCCAUAAAACCAUUGGAAACACGCCCAUGGAGAAACUACUGUGUGACAUGUUCAAGAACUGAAAGCACUGUUGGUCUGAGUAAAGGACUCACUUUAGCAUCAAAUCACUCAGCUUGUACAUACUUUUCCUUGUAGUGCUGAGAUGUUGGCAAUGCAAUUGCAUACUGAAUGAGAAAUGUAUUUAUUUUUAUUUAUUCAUGUGCCCUGCUGGAAAAACAGUUUAUGCACAUGAUUAACAUACUUGAUGUACCAGCUAGACCAACAUAGCAUAGUCAUACCGGUAGCCCAAGCAAACCAGUACCAGUAGAGAAUAAAUUAGCCUAAAACAGCUUGAGCUUACAAGGAAUACUUCAAGUUUUUCAGCAGGAAUACGUCUUUAUUAUUAUAUUAGAGUUUGUAUUUUUACCACAUAUUGUGCACCAUUGUUGUAUGAAUAAGGUAGAGCACAUAAUAUACUAUAACUGAUUCAUGUAAAUUGCACAUUUGCCUUGAAAGCUUUUCUUAACCCCUGUAUUCUGUUGACAUUUCCUUUAUUGCCUUGUUGUUUGGAGUCCCAGAUACCCCAGUGUUGUGUGGGUAAAAUAAAAUUACUU